AUGAUACAUCCGCAAGGAGAGGAAGGCUGGGAUUUAGAAUUAGCCAGGCUGCAUCACGCGGAGACCCACACCAUUUCGGUCCAAGGUCUGGGAGGUAUUCCUGGAAUAAAGAUAAAGUCUGAUAAUAACCUAGAAGAUACGACAGAAUAUCCGGAGCUUUUCGCCGUCAUAGGUUCAGCAGUUUCUCUGCCUUGUGAUCUCACCACGCCUUCAAACGAUGACAUCAUCUCAACUGUUCUAUGGUAUCGGCUAGACUUGAAAAACCCUGUAUAUACACUAGACUACAGAACCGUCCCGUCUUCUGAAAUGGCGAAGCACUUCUCCAGUAAAGUUCUUGGCUCCAGAGCUUAUUUCAACGUCAGUCGGCACAGUUCAGCACACUUGAGGCUCGACCCCGUCGACGAAGACGACGCUGGAGAAUACAGGUGCAGAAUAGACUUCAAAAGGGGAAGGACGUUGAGUAGAUUAGUAAAACUCAACGUCAUUGUUCCUGUUAAAAAAGUUCACAUUAAAGGGAGAGGAAACAUAAGCUAUUCCGGACUUAUUGGUCCAUUUACGGAAGGAAUGAGUUUAGCUCUUAUAUGUGAAGCAAGAGGAGGAUUUCCUACUCCAACUGUCAUCUGGCGCAAAGGAUCGCGAAUUCUUGCAGGAAAUGUCAAAGUGGAUGAGAUAGGGGUGGUUAGAAAUGAAUUUAUUUUUAAUCGUUUGAGAAGAGAAGAUCUGUUGACUGUGCUUACUUGUCAAGCAUCGAAUAAUAAUCUCACUGGUCCUGUAUACACAUCAGUGACUCUUGAUCUGAAUUUGAAACCACAGAGCGUCCAGAUAACAACUGCUCCAAGUGUUCUGAAAGCUGGUCAGAGAAUUGAGGUCAACUGCCAAAGCGAAGGUUCUAGACCACCUGCUAGAAUAUCCUGGAUCAAGGGAAGCGAGAGAGUUGACCAUCAAGCCAUUCAAAAUACUUUCGGCAGUAUCUCUGUCAGCACCCUAAGCUUUGCUGCGGCUGCUGAGGACAACGGAAAGAAACUGACGUGUGAAGCCCAAAACCCAGAACUUCCUGAAAGUGCCUUGCAAGAUAGUUGGAAUCUUAGUGUCUUAUAUCCACCUCAGUUAUCUCUCGUCUUUGGUGCUAGUGAACAAUACGAACAUAUCAGAGAGGGAAGUGACGUGUACUUCGAGUGCAACAUACAAGCCAAUCCUCCAGUAACGGAAGUGAGGUGGCGGUUCCAGUCCAGAAAUCUUGUGCACGAUCCUCUCAGGGGGAUCAUUGUCCGGAACCACUCUCUCCUCUUGCACAACGUGGGCAAGAGACACCGAGGCACUUACCAGUGUUUGGCUUCGAAUACACAAGGAAGAGGAAGAAGCGAAGAAGUGGUCCUGAGGAUUCAAUAUUCACCUAUAUGUAAUAGUCAUCAGCGCCGAAACUAUGGAAUUGCCAAAGACGAACAAACUAAUGUCAGUUGUACUGUGGAUGCUGAUCCCUUGGAUGUUAUUUUUAGUUGGGCUUUUAACAAUAGCCUCUCAGAAAACAUGGAUAUUUACAGCUUUGAAAGCAUUAGUGGAAGUCAAAGCGUUGCGAAAUAUACUCCAAAGAAAAAGUCGGACUACGGUUUCCUAUAUUGCUUUGCGAAAAACAAUGUUGGAAGCAUGCGAGAACCGUGUAUCUUCAACAUAGUGCCUAUCGGACCACCCGAUCCUCUACAAAACUGCACAAUAACAAAUCAGUCAUUUAGUGCUCUUACUCUUUCAUGCGAAGCUGGGGACGACGGAGGUACUCAACAAAAUUUCCAUCUCGAAAUUUACAGCAUGAAACGGGAACAAUUACUCGCAAACAUUACAUCCUACGAAACCCCAAACUUUAUAGUGAAGGGCCUGCCGACGGGAACAUCUUUUAUUGUCGUCAUUUAUUCCUCAAACUCUAAAGGACGGAGCACAUCUGUAGCAUUAACAGCAGCGACGUUGUUUUCAGCCGAGCGACAAAUGGAAGAAGAUAGCAAAAGUGUCAUCAGUGCAGUUCUUCUGGUCUCUUUGGCAGCGUUGGGGACAUUAGCGUUACUUGCUGUAGCUGCAGUUGUUGCUGUCAUUAAAAACAAAACCAGAACUACAACAAACGAAGUUACUACAAGUGGAUUAGAAAUGACAGAGAAAAUUCCUAAAACGUCAAAACAUUCUUUUGAAGAUGGUAAUCCCUAUGUGUACCAUACAAGGGAAGUACCAACAGAAUACGUGCAUUUAACUCCCAAACCUGGCUCUGAUUGCCUUUAUGAAAGCCUGAUGGAUGGUAAACCUUCUUCCUUUGGUACAGUUCUCUGCAAAGCACAUGUGUUAAAUGAGGAAGGCUUAGAAGUAAUCAUUCCGGUCAUCGAACGGUGACGAGAUCAAUACCACCCUGCGGUUUUCAUGAGGGUCAACCAUGAACAUCGUCAACGCUCAACAAAAUUCCUGAACCCGAAACCUGUUCUGAAACAGUGUUCCAGAGGAAGACUCCCGCUUGAAGAUUGGGUCGGAAAAGAAUGGCGUUCCUACAGCAGUUUCUUCAUAAAACGAUCUUCGAAGUUGUGACGCAAGAGAGUUGCUUUGGAAAAGAUGAUUUAUUCGGCAAACUACUUGAAUGUGAAGCACUGUCUUCUCUGUAAUUCUGUUG